AUAAACAACUAUGUGUAUUAUUGGGUGGUGAAGGUAUGGUGAUACUGGUGACAGAGAACAUGAAAUCCCACUCGGAAGACCUGGUCGCAGCUGCCGGUGGCACUCCUGUUUGGCCCGUCCUGUACCCGCAUCUCAUUGGGGUUUCCUAUGACAGUUAUCAGAGCCUUGCCGAUGCCAGUGGCGCGUCUGUGUUCCCUAUUGAAAAUAAUGUAGUUGAUUUUGGUGGUGUUGCUAGUAUUCAGUCUGUUGACAACCGUGUGGCUCUCAGUCGAUGUCUCCUGGAUAUCCAAUAUCAGACGCAAGGCGAUUCACUACAGGAGAUUGUUAGUAGUUCAUGCGCUGGCAAUAAGUGCCAGAUAAGCCUAGAAGUACCAACGAAUACCAACUAUCAACAGACCUUUCACAUCGAAGUUUAUUUUACUAAUACGAUAACUCAACCUCAAGAUAACAGUUCGAGACCCAGCGGGCACUGCCAUUGAUGAAUCAUUUAGCCAAGAUACGGGCAUAAUUUACACAGGAUCUGCUUUACAGGUUGGUGGUACAUACACUGUUGAUGUAUCCAAAGAGACAAAUUUUAUGGAUGUGAAGUCCUCGCUACUAGCGACCUUGCAAACAGAGUCAGGUGGAUAUGACAUUAAGCUUUGGUCAUCCCUUGACCUCCAACACUUGGAAUACACGUCAAACUCAGCCCCAACACUCUUUGCUAUGGUGGGCGACGGGGACAGCCACGUGGUUGAUGCGAGCGUCACUGCUACAGUCACGGACUCAGCCCAGAACACCGCCGUCCUGGUCAUGCGCGAUGAUGGCACAGGAGCCGAUGUCACGGGCAACGAUGGCGUGUACUCGGCCUACCUUAUAGGCCUAUCUCAGACUGGAAGUGCCAGCGUCCAGGUUGCAGCGAAUGACAACGGCGGUUCAGCCAAACUGGUGACGGCGACCAGACGUGCAGCUCCGGUAGAUUUCAACGGUCAAUCCUGCUGUGGGAGCCAGAUCACCUUCCAGACUGACCUCCCUUCUGCCGGCACCUUCACCCUCACUUCGGAGAACGCAGGUGAAGUGACCGGAACGAUACCCCCAAACUUCCCUCCUGGCAGAGUCACGGAUCUCAGGUCAUCUCUUACCUUAAGUCAGGUCAUCUUAACCUUCACGGCUCCUGGGGAUGACCUCGAUCAAGGCACAGCCGAAGCCUACCUCGUGACGUACUCUGUAGGAGGGAGUGGCCAGGGGACGGUGGAGCAGGACGUGACGCCCGUGGAAGCCGGGGUUCUGGUCAACACCACCUUCCCUGCCCCGGAUUGUGGGCACCUGACCUUCCUGGUGAGGGCCGUGGAUGCUCAGGGUAUGCACUCUGCGGACUCCAACGGAGCCAAGGUCACCGUCCCUUGCGCCCCCACAACCUCUAUACCCUCCACGACGUCCUCCUCCUCCACGGGUAAUCCCAGCAGUCCUUCGUCGUCCACUGCACGCCCCACCCCGUCGUUCUUUAGCUCGGAGGAAACCCCAACGGCAUCGUCCUCACCGCCAACUACCACUCAGUCAGGAGGGGAAGGAGACGGCUGCUCCUGUGUGUCCACCGAUACCUUGGUCACCGCUGUGAUCGGGAGCGUCGUGGGCAGCAUCCUCGCCCUCUUCCUUGUGGAGCUCCUCGUCUACGUCCUCGUCAAGCUGUUUCAACGCCGCCGCUGGAAGAAACGCCAGAGGCAAAGGGAAUUGGGAAGAUCCACACGCGGUGUUGAGAACAUGGCCAUGGACUACGCGGACUCUGGAGGGAACCAUGAGAGCAGGUUUGGUAAACGGAGGAGGCGAUUCAAUGAUGGAACUCCGACGAACGGGCAGGGGGAAGUUGCCAGUACAGCCUCCACACCCUUACCCUAUUUAGGACAAUCAACCACAUCCAUCAACCACGCUGGACGCCCAGUCUUGCCAAGCCACAACAACCAGCGCCUUCUUCCUCAGGGAUAUAGCAGUCCUCAAGACCAGUACGGCAACCCUAGGACUGACUCACACAACUCCCGUGGCAAUGUACAGUACAGCCAAUACCAUGAGCAGCCGCAAACUCAGCAGUACAAUCAAUAUAACUACAGACCCCAGAAUCAAAACAGAAGGGGUUACACACCAGAUGAAUAUAUAUGAGA